AUGGCGUCUGAAGUCGCAGCCGCGGCCGUCAAUGUUGUGCGGCGGGCCGGCAAGGAAAUGCACGGCAUCGUGGUGUCCGCCGGGCUCAUGGACAAGACGGUGAAAGUCAAGCUGGGUGGUCUGCGAUGGGAGCCGCGGGUGCAAAAGUUCUUUAAAGAACCCCGAUUCAAACUAGUCCACGACCCAGCAAACUCCGUCCGCCAAGGCGAUGUAAUCGCCAUCGAGCCCAGCUGGCGCGUCUCCCAGCACGUCCGCCACGUAGUCAAGCACAUCAUCGCCCCCUACGGCGCCCCUAUCGAGGAACGACCCCCAGUCCCGACCCUCGAAGACCGCGUCGCUGAGCGUGCCGCCAAGCGCGCUGCGAAGGACGAGCGUCGGGCUCUGAGGCGCGAGGAGCAGGCGAGGAUCGCGGCAGAGGAGAGGGAGGCGGCGCUGGAGCAGAAGAGGAAAAGAUUAGAGGAAAAGGAGAGGCAGAGGCUAAAAGGGACCGAGACGAGCUUGAGCGAUGUCGACUGA